AUGCCUGAGAGAAACGCAGUCUCAUGGUGCACUAUGAUCUCUGGCUAUGGGAAAAGUGGUGAAAUUCACAGUGCCAAUAAACUCUUCAAUGAAAUCCCUGAGAAAAAUUUGGUUUCUUUUAAUGCCAUGUUAUCUGCGUAUCUAAAUUGUGGGCGUUUAGAAUCUGCAACUAAAUUGUUUGAUGAGAUGCCCCAGAAGAACCCGGCGACUUUUUGCACCAUGAUUGCCGGUUUUUCUAGAUUGGGUUUUGUUGAAAGGGCUCGAACAGUGUUUUAUUCGAUUCCCUUUCGUGAACAGAGUGUCAUAUCAUGGACUGCGAUGAUAACGGGUUAUGUGCAAAAUGACCAGAAUUUUGAAGCGUUGAAGCUCUUUUUGCUGAACUAUGGAGAAUUCUACUCUUUUAACAUAAAACCCAAUUCUUUUACCUUCAAUUUGGUGCUAAAAUCAUGUUCGAUUCUGCUGUUUCUCUCACUUGGAAAGCAAAUCCAUGGCACGAUGAUUAAGUUUGGUUUUGAUGGAUAUUUGGGCCAUGUUUUUGUGCAGAAUUCUUUGAUGAAUUUUUAUGCUAAAUUGGGUGAAUUAGUUGAUGCAGAGAAGAUAUUCAAUGGGAUGAGAGAGAAAAAGGAUUUGGGUUCAUGGAACACACUCAUGGCUGGCUAUGCUUGCCAGCUAAACAUUGACAAGGCCAUGCAUUUGUUUUCUAAAAUGGAAAAUAGAGAUACGCUAUCAUGGAAUAUAAUUAUCCAAGGACUUGCAGACAAUGAUCGAAUUGGAGAAGCUCUCGAGUGCUUUCUCUCUUUAGCUCAGUCGUGGCCCGAAUUGAAGCCAAACCCAUCUACUUACUCCAUUGUUAUCUCCCUCUCUACAACGUUGACUGCUUUGGAGCUGGGUUCUCAGAUUCACACCCACACUGUAAAGUUUGGGCUUUAUCACAGGAAUGUUUUUAUAGGAAAUGCAUUCAUUUCAAUGUAUUCACGAUGUGGCUUGAUUGAAGAAUCUGAAAACGUUUUCCAAGAGAUGUUAGAGAGAGAUAUAGUGACAUGGAAUUCAUUUAUUUUGGGCCUCGGGCAAAAUGGGUUUGCUAAGAAAGCCCUGACAGUUGCAGAUAAAGUGUUACAUAUAGCUAAUCACAACACUUUCACUGGAAUUCUCACUGCUUGCAGUCAUGGUGGCCUUGUUAAUGAGGGGUUCAAAUAUUUCAAUUCAAUGGCUAAUGACCAUGGAAUUGAGCCAAAUUUGGAUCACUAUACAUGUAUGAUUGAUCUUCUUGGAAGAGCUGGGAGAUUGAAUGAAGCACUUGAGCUUCUGCAAAAUAUGCCAUUUAUGGCAAAUUGCGUGGCUUGGGGUACUCUUCUUGGUGCUUGUUUAAUUCAUGGAGACGCAGCUAUCGGUAAAUUGUCGGCCCAAAAGCUCAUAGCUUUAGAACCAGAGGAUAUAGCUGGGUGGUAUGUGCUUUUGGCUAAGAUUUAUACCAAAACUGGUAAGCUGGAGGAAGCAAGAGAAAUAAGGAAAAUGAUUAGAGAGAGAGGCCUUAAGAAGGAGCCUGGAUGUAGUUGGAUAAGAAUGAGAAACAAGGUGCAUGGUUUUGUGGCUCAGGAUAUGGGUCAUCCUCACAGGACUGAAGUAUAUUGGAUACUAGAGAUACUGAAUAAGGAGAUGAGAGAGGAAGGAGGUUGA